CAUGUUGUUGUGUACAUUUUUGAUCGUUCGGCUCUGUUCGUGUCCGGUUGCCGCCGCCGUCGUAGCCACCGCCGCAUCCGCAGCCUCCCAUUGGCCGACCGGCCGGCUGUUACCUUGUUCCCGCCCGUCCGCCUGUCCACCCCACCACGCGCGCUAACGGCACGGUACACAUGUUCUCCGGUUCCCGUCAGCCGAGACCGAGUUUCGAAUCCUAACCGACAAUCCGGUCCGGCAUUCCUAGUGAGUAGUGAUAAAAUUCRGUUUGUUGCCGCGGAAGAAUUGUCGUCUCGUCCAGCAGUAUUAUCGACUUAACGACGCAUCAUGUGCCGCCGCCGCUGCGAUCCCACGCCAGAAGGACGUAAAUCGUCGGCGUGACCCACCGAAAACCGUCGUGUAUAUUACGCGAGUGAAAACUUCGUCAGAGGGACGUUUCGCGUCUCAUCGACCAUCUUAGAACUCGCCUGACGACCGGAACAGAUAAUCAAAAAGGAAACAAUGGCAGACAUAUCUCUAAAAGAAUCUCCUUAUUACAAUAAAUCAUUAGUAAUUACUUCAACACCUUACAAAAGCAUAGAUGACAGUGGUUACAAUACUCCAAGUUAUAAUGUUUCCUCUAACCUAAGUCAGAUAUCUGAAGUGUCUAUUUCAUUUGAUCACACACCAUCAGAUAUUGAUUCACUUCAACUAUCUUCACCAACCCUAGACAAAAACCAUCGUAAAUUAGAAGAUAUUACCAAUACAGUCGAGUCUCCUACAAAAAAAUUUAAAUUGUGCUCUGACGCACAAUUUAGUGUUCGCUUAAAUGAUAGUUCAAACAAUGAUGACAGUCAGUUCUUAAAAAGAAAAAACUACAUUUUACCAAAAAAUGUAAACUAUGAACGUAACUCUAUAGAAGGCCGUGAAAAAGUUGAUAUAAUGUAUUUUCUAUCGGAGCGUUAUCAUUUUCAACCAGUCAUAGAAAAAAUAUUAUCUUUUUUAUCCGGUAGUGAUAUUCUGUCCAUGUCUAUGGUAUCUAAAAUUUGGUCUACUGCUGUUGAAAAUUCCCCAAUUGCUCAAAAAAAAAAACAAAAGUAUUUUAAAUUAUCCAAAGAAAAUCGAUGUGGACAUGUUGGCCGAGACCGUUCAGCAUUUAAUAACAAAGGAUGUCUAGCAAACAUUAGCAAUGUUAUGUGUUCUCCGUCAAAAAAAGAAUUACCUCAAAGAAGUCCACCUGUAAGUCCGAGCAAAUAUAGGUUCCAUGUAUUUCAAAAAGAAGCCAAAAAAUUAAGUUCAGAUCAGCAAUUGGUGCCAUGUCCACGGUGUUCAAGACCAGCAUCAUGGUCACCCUCCCAAUCAACUCGAGCUGAAUGUAAAGGUUUUCAUUGUAAAUUUAUCUUUUGCACUGAGUGUAAGUGUGAAUAUUCUAACACAUUUGAUCACAAAUGUUUAUCUAUACCAAUUUUAUCAAUGUCAUCAUAUAACUGUCGUCCAAUGGUAUAUAAUUUAAGCAGAAGGAAACGUAACUUGCGAAGAUUGUAAGUAAAUGUAAAUUUUAUCAAAACAUUUUACCUCUCAACGUAGUGUCUUAAAAUGUUACCUAAACAUUAGGAGUUGUAUGCCUUUUAUUAAAAAUGUAUUAGUAUCAGUAUGAAAAUCAUAAUUUUUUUUUAUGUUGUUGUUAUUAAUAUAAUAAAUUUUUUUUUUUAAUGUCCUGACCAAUUCGGUUUUUAGAUAGUUACUUGUUUAUAAUUAUAAUUUUUUUUUUUUUGAAUUUUAAUUAUGUAACUUUAAUUUAUUUCACAUAAUUAUUA